GCUGUCUGCGCUGCAUGCAGCCACAUGCUAUCAAAUACGCAGAUGUGGUUUGUACAUAUUUUGAAUAAAUUCUAGUGAAUUUAUAGGAAUAAUUAUUUGGUCUAUCAUCCGUUAAAAGAACUCGGCCAAAAUGAGUACGAUCCUAGAGAAAAUAGCGUCCAUUGAGUCGGAGAUGGCCCGCACAAAAAAUAAAGCAACAGCCGGACAUUUGGGCCUCUUGAAAGCACGCUUGGCUAAGUUGCGUCGCGAACUCAUUACACCAAAAGGAGGCGGCGGUGGUCCCGGUGACGGCUUCGAUGUGGCCAAAACUGGUGACGCUCGAGUAGGUUUUGUUGGAUUUCCAUCUGUAGGCAAAUCAACUCUCCUCAGCACUCUUGCUGGUGUGUAUUCAGAAGUAGCUGCCUAUGAAUUUACAACCCUGACUACUGUGCCUGGUUGUAUUAAGUACAAGGGAGCAAAAAUUCAAUUACUGGAUUUACCCGGUAUUAUUGAGGGCGCAAAAGAUGGCAAAGGUCGCGGUCGUCAGGUAAUCGCUGUGGCGCGAACCUGCAGUCUCAUCUUCAUGGUGCUAGACGUGUUGAAACCGCUCGGACACAAGAAGCUCAUAGAGCAUGAGUUGGAGGGUUUCGGGCUGCGGCUGAACAAGCAGCCUCCCAAUAUUGCCUUCCAAAAGGAUAAGGGUGGCGUGAACCUCAACGCGAUGGUGCCGCAGUCCGAGCUAGACGCCGACACCGUAAAGAGCAUCCUUUCCGAAUACAAGAUCCACAACGCCGAUAUAACGCUCCGCUAUGAUGCCACCAGUGACGAUCUCAUCGACGUCAUCGAAGGCAACCGCAUCUACGUGCCCUGCAUUUACUUACUCAAUAAGAUAGAUCAAAUAAGCAUCGAAGAGUUGGACGUCAUUUACAAAAUACCUCACUGCGUACCGAUCUCCGCACAUCACCGGUGGAACUUCGAUGACCUGUUAGAGAAGAUGUGGGAGUACCUGAAACUGGUGCGGAUAUAUACCAAGCCCAAGGGACAACUGCCCGACUACAAUUCACCCAUCGUGUUGCAUUCGGAAAGAACCAGCGUUGAAGACUUCUGCAACAAACUCCAUCGAUCUAUCGCCAAGGAAUUUAAAUAUGGCUUGGUAUGGGGAAGUUCAGUCAAGCAUCAACCGCAAAAAGUCGGCAAGGAUCACGUGCUAAACGACGAAGACGUUGUGCAAAUUGUUAAGAAAGUCUGAGGCGGCAUUGGCGGCUCUUUUAUAUGUUUGAGUUUGUGGCAGUGUUCGCCGGCUGAUUAAUUUCAUCUCAUGCAUGGUAUUGCUGCUAUUGCAAUAAAGGAUUUAACCGUU